CGCCGGAAGUUGGAGGGGGCGCUCGCCCGAGCGCCGGCCCCACAGCCAGGCCCUCCGCAGGGUCCGCCCUCCGCCGGGCAUGGAGGAGGGCGCGGGAGCCGCGGCCGCCAGGACCCGCCCCCUCGCCUUCCAGAGCAAGCGACAGGCGGCGCGAGGAGGCGGGGCCGCGGCUGCUGGCGGUGUCUGCGCCUCGCGGUUUCGGAGCUAGCAGACGCUCGGGGAACAUGGCGGCGGCCGAGCCCGCGGUCCCGGCGCUCCCCAGCGGCGGUGGCUUGGGGGCGCCGUCGGGCACGGUCCCCGUGCUUUUCUGCUUCUCGGUCUUCGCGCGGCCCUCAGCCGUGCCGCACGGCGCGGGCUACGAGCUGCUCAUCCAGAAGUUCCUCAGUCUGUACGGCGACCAGAUAGACAUGCACCGCAAAUUCGUGGUGCAGCUCUUCGCGGAGGAGUGGGGCCAGUACGUGGACCUGCCCAAGGGCUUCACGGUGAGCGAGCGCUGCAAGGUGCGCCUCGUGCCGCUGCAGAUCCAGCUUACUACCCUGGGAAAUCUUACACCUUCAAGCACUGUGUUUUUCUGCUGUGAUAUGCAGGAAAGGUUCAGACCAGCCAUCAAGUAUUUUGGAGAUAUUAUUAGUGUGGGACAGAGAUUGUUACAAGGGGCCCGGAUUUUAGGAAUUCCAGUUAUUGUAACAGAACAGUACCCUAAAGGUCUUGGUAGCACCGUUCAAGAAAUUGAUUUAACGGGUGUAAAACUGGUACUUCCAAAGACCAAGUUUUCAAUGGUAUUACCAGAAGUAGAAGCAGCAUUAGCAGAGAUUCCUGGAGUCAGGAGUGUUGUGUUAUUUGGAGUAGAAACCCAUGUGUGCAUCCAACAGACAGCUCUGGAGCUCGUUGGCAGAGGUAUUGAGGUUCAUAUUGUUGCUGAUGCCACGUCAUCGAGAAGCAUGAUGGACAGGAUGUUUGCUCUUGAGCGUCUUGCUCGAACUGGGAUCAUAGUGACUACAAGUGAAGCUGUUCUGCUACAGCUGGUGGCUGAUAAAGAUCAUCCAAAAUUCAAGGAAAUUCAGAAUCUAAUUAAGGCGAGUGCUCCAGAGUCGGGUCUGCUUUCCAAAGUAUAAGACAUGUGAAGAACGGGUGUGCUACUCACCAUCAGGUGACAGGACUGUAAGCCCGGACAAGCUCAUGUCUCUAGUAGAAAGAAUUAAAACGUUAAGUCAAAAAUUGGCUCUUUUUUGCGCCUCUUAGUAAAACUUAACCAAUUAGACCGUUUGGGUACCAGCAUUUAGUUACAGAUGUCAAAGGUUUUAGGUGCUGCUUACCUUCUUCUUAUGUUAAUGUGCUUUUAUUUAUUAAAAAAAUUAUAAUGGAGGUGCCUGUUUUCUCUAUACCAUAUACACUGAUCAUACUUUCAAAAGUGCACACUCUUGUGAAAUUUUCUUAAAUUGUGCACAGUUAAAGACAAAGAUCUCCCAGUAAUAGUUUGACUUUUGUCUUAUUGUAAGAUGUAUGUUACAAUGUUAAUGUGGAUUCAGUGCUUUUACUUUACAGGUUGAUUGAAAUAGGAUUAUUAAACGAGAAUUUAAAAACAGGACUCUGGAUCUUGUUACCCCUUUCACGAUGCAGUCAAGUUAUUUAUUAUGUUGCACUGGUUUAACCAGACAAACUUACGUUGAAUAAUUACAUAUCUUUCUUAAUUAUGCUAAUUUUCUUAUUCUGCUCACCAUCACUAAUUCUCUGUUAAUGUUCUCUUUUUUAACUGAAUCUUUUACCCAGAAAGACUCAUUCGCUCAUUGCUUGUUUUAAUUUUGUAAACAGAUGGGAGGAUUUGCAACACCAUAUCAUUAAUGGAGGGCUGUUUUAACAUCUUUGAAGUAUUACUUUAGCUGAAUAGCUUUAUAACCAUCUUGAAUACAUCUAAUAAGCACAAGAUUUAGCAAAAAGGUAAAGGCUGGAUAAAACGUAGUUUUAAAACAUCCAUAUUCUUGUUUGAAAUUUUUUCCACCUACCUUCCAAUUACUGUUAAUGCAAAAGGCCUCAGUAAUCAUUUGGUAGUAUUGCUUUUGCAGUCAUUACUACCAUUCAAUAAAUUUAUUUUCAUUAAAUACUUACUAUAGGGUUUUAAAACUUUUUAAAAAAUAUUAUGUGAAAUAUGAAACAUUGGUGUCUUUUAUAUUAAAGUAAUUAAAGAAAACGUA